AUGCCCGUUUCGCAUAUCACCCUGACUGUCUCCCACCUCCCAACCUCUACCUCUUUCUUCUUAUCAUGCUUACAGCCAUUGGGAUAUCAAUUCAUCGGUCGACAUGACGACUACAUAGGUUUCGGUCAGAAGCAGGGGGAACCUGCUGAUUUCUGGAUGACCGAGACUAAGCCUGGAUCCCCUCCUGGUGCAGUCCAUGUCGCCUUUCCAGCCCCGUCAAAAGACGCAGUCGGCUCGUUCUUCAUAAGCGCCCUAAAAGCCGGCGCGAAGAUCCACGGCGAGCCCAAGAUGCGAGAUUCGCAGUCUGGGUACUUCAGUGCAGCCGUUAUCGACUUCGACGGCAACAGCAUUGAAGCUGUGUACCGGCCCAGCAAUGCCUCGGUUAUAUCCGAGGCAAGUGGGCCGACAAUAGCUCUUCUGGAGGGUGGCUCCAGCCGCUCUGUAGUCUCAAAGGCAAGCAGUAAAGCUAGCACCAUCAAGGCAGAGAGCAUUGCACCCCCACGGUCCGAGGCCAUGUCUGAAACCAGAUCUGUGGCAAGGUCUGAGGCAAGAUCCGAGGCAAGAUCCGAGGCAAGAUCUGAAGCCCGAUCUGAAGCCAAGUCUCGCGCUGUUUCCAAAGCACCCACAACCUUUGAGCGGUCUGCACCAACUGUCGUUUCCCGCGGCCCACCGCCACCAUCAUACACUGUGCAAGUGCCCGCACCGCCAAAGACUGAUGACGGCAGCAAAGCAGCUAAGACCAUUGUCGGCACGCUCAUUGGCGCUGCCGCAGGCGCAGCAAUCGCCUACGCAAUGGUCAAAGGCGAUUCACAAUCAACAACCCAAGAACCCGAACAGCCAACACAGUUCGUGAACAGCUUCCCCCAAAUCAAAGCGGCCGCCCAAUCCUUCUUCGGCGGUGACGACCAACAAUCCCAAUACCGCGCGAUCGAAGCACCCCAACCACCUCGCAGCACCUACACCACGGCCUCAAACCCGCGCUCAACCAUAACACGCAGUGUGACCUCCAAGAAUCCACGCGCCAGCACAAUCUACGAUGGCACCGAAUACAUGCACGAUAACCCACGCCGCGCCUCAGAAGGCAGCAUCUACAGUAUCCCGGAAGACAUCCAGCUACGCGCAAUCGAGUACCCACCCGCAAGCAACGCCUCCCAGCAACGCUACGCCUGCGCCCCCUCAACCUUCAUCAGCAGCUACCAUGACGAUAGGACCCGCGGCGGCGCACCAAGCAGCGUGCAUAGCUCAUCAACUAUCAAAGCAUCGCAGAGCACACACCGCCGGCACAGCCACGAUGACCGCGACGGGUGCGAGUCGAGCGUCUCGCAGCGCUCGCACAAGAGUCAGCAAAGUACGCACUCCCACCGGACUGCAUCAGUGCGCUCUUCCUCGCAUGUCGGCAAGGAUAACGCUAGUGUUGCAUCAUCAUCCCGCUCUGCACGCAAUAUCCCCCUCCCCGCUGGCUCGAACACAACAUACUACUCCAGCCCGAGUAUCCACAGCAAGGAUGCUAGAGAUGGGAACGCGUAUUUGUCUGCGCGGGAUAUCCCGCUGCCGGAGAGUGUUGCGGAUCUGGAUGUUGACUCGCAGGUUUCGCCCGAUGACUCGAUUAGCCAGGUUGGGUCUCGUACUCACCGACAUCGCUCGCAUCGGUCAAGGAGCUCUAAUGAUGAGGAGCAUGUGAGAUCGGCGGAUUCGGGGAGUCAGGUUUCUAAGGCCAGUCAGAGGACUGCGAAGGCUGGGGAGGGGUCGAAGGCUGGGAGUCGACGAGGGAGUCAGGUUGUUUGA